GAAUCCCGGAAGCGGACGACGAAUGUGUGCCUGUAUCUGUGUUGCUUUAAAACACCUGAUUCGCUGCUGGGUUUUUGCUGGAGACCCGCUUGAGAGCCAGUGACUCACUCCUGUGGAACACUAAAGGGUUCGCUCCUCCGAACGCACUUCAGACUCAGAUCGAUUUGAAAGAAUGCGAGUCGCUAAAAAUCGCGACAACGGAGUUAGCUGUGUGUGCGUGUCCGGCGCUUUGAGCUGCCUUCACGCCGAGACACUACUAGAAGUUAUACUUGUGAAAGCGAGGCCAUUUGGGACUCUCCUUAGGUUGUUCCUGGUUCUUUCCUUCUGCCUCACUAGUGCAGCUGGUUCGAACCGGAUGUUUUGCAAGAUUCAGGAACUUUCUUUGUCAUCUCUCCAACUUGUCGGACUCCAGCCCUAAUUAGGAUCUGGCCACGCUCUGAAGUUAUGGCCUCCCGAAACGUGAGACUCUGUGUCCCUGGGUCUGAAAUCCACAGUAAGUUCCAUAAGUCCAGAAACCAGUUAGAAGAAAGGAACUGGCACUCCGACCUGGAACGCCCCAAGACCAGGAGCCAGCACACUUCCUGGACAAUGGAGACUGUGGUGCGGCGCUGCCCAUUCUUGUCCCGGGUCCCCCAGGCCUUCCUGCAGAAGGCGGGCAAAUCGCUGCUGUUCUAUGCCCAGAACUGCCCCAAGAUGAUGGAGUUUGGGGCCAAGCCAGCUCCUCGAGCCCUGUCCACAUCUGCUGGGCACUGCCAGCAGAUCAAAGAAACCCCUCCGGCCAGUGAGAAAGAUAAAACUGCCCAAGCCGAGGUCCAGCAGGCUCCUGAUGGCACCCAGCGGCCUCUGGAUGGCACACAGCUUCCAGCUGGACACCCCUCGCCAGUCCCAAGCCAGGGCACUGCCAGCAAAUGCCCCUUCUUGGCAGCACAGAUGAGCCAGACGGGCAGCAGUGUCUUCCGCAAAGCCAGCCUGGAGCUCCAGGAAGAUGUGCAGGAGAUGCACGCUGUGCGCAAAGAGGUUGCUGAAAGCUCGGGGAAUCCCAGUGUGAUUAGUGUGAAGACUGACGAGGGGGACCCCAGCAGCCUUCUGAAGAACUUCCAGGACAUGAUGCGAAGGCAGAGACCGGAGAGAGUGUCUCAUCUUCUUCAGGAUAACUUGCCGAAGUCUGUUUCCACUUUUCAGUACGAUCGUUUCUUUGAGAAGAAAAUUGAUGAGAAAAAGAAUGACCAUACCUAUCGCGUUUUCAAAACUGUGAACCGGAGGGCACACAUCUUUCCCAUGGCAGAUGAUUACUCGGAUUCUCUGAUCACCAAAAAGCAGGUGUCCGUGUGGUGCAGUAACGACUACCUGGGAAUGAGUCGCCAUCCGCGGGUGUGUGGGGCAGUUAUGGACACUUUGAAACAACAUGGUGCUGGGGCAGGUGGUACUAGAAAUAUUUCUGGAACUAGUAAAUUCCAUGUGGAUCUUGAGCGGGAGCUAGCUGACCUGCAUGGCAAAGACGCGGCCCUCUUGUUUUCCUCAUGUUUCGUGGCCAAUGACUCGACCCUGUUCACCCUGGCUAAGAUGAUGCCUGACUGUGAGAUCUACUCUGACGCCGGGAACCACGCCUCCAUGAUCCAGGGCAUCCGCAACAGCCGAGUGCCAAAGUACAUCUUCCGCCACAAUGACGUCGGCCACCUCAGGGAGCUGUUGCAGCGAGCUGAUCCUGCUGUCCCCAAGAUUGUGGCAUUUGAAACGGUCCACUCGAUGGAUGGAGCUGUGUGUCCACUGCAAGAACUGUGUGAUGUGGCCCAUGAGUUUGGAGCAAUCACCUUCGUGGAUGAGGUCCAUGCCGUGGGGCUGUACGGGGCUCACGGCGGAGGGAUCGGCGAUCGGGACGGAGUCAUGCCAAAAAUGGACAUCAUUUCCGGGACUCUUGGCAAAGCCUUCGGCUGUGUGGGAGGGUACAUCGCCAGCACGAGCUCGCUGAUCGACACGGUCCGCUCCUAUGCGGCUGGCUUCAUCUUCACCACAUCCCUGCCGCCCAUGCUGCUGGCUGGAGCCCUGGAGUCAGUGCGGGUCCUGAAGAGCGCCGAGGGCCGGGCGCUGCGCCGCCAGCACCAACGCAACGUCAAGCUCAUGCGACAGAUGCUCAUGGAUGCUGGCCUCCCCGUCGUCCACUGCCCUAGCCACAUCAUCCCUGUGCGGGUUGCAGAUGCUGCUAAAAACACGGCCAUCUGUGAUGAGCUGAUGAGCCGACACAACAUCUACGUCCAGGCCAUCAAUUACCCGACGGUGCCGCGGGGGGAGGAGCUCCUGCGCAUCGCACCCACCCCCCACCACACGCCGCAGAUGAUGAGCUACUUCCUGGAGAAGCUGCUGGCCACGUGGAAGCAGGUGGGGCUGGACCUGAAGCCGCAUUCCUCCGCCGAGUGCAACUUCUGCAGGAGGCCGCUGCACUUCGAAGUGAUGAGUGAGAGAGAAAAGUCCUACUUCUCAGGCCUAAGCAAACUGGUGUCUGCUCAGGCCUGAGUGGGACUCGGUGAUGCCACCCAGCCCCCAGCCCGUCAUAGUCAGCUCUUUGUAAGCGAAGUAAAUUAUAUAUCACAUGUUAA